GCAGGUGAGAUUAGUUUGGGGAUGUGAAUACAAUGAGUGUAAACCAGCAAGCUCACACAGGGCCUCCUUACGGGCAACCUCAGCCUGGAUAUCAGGGAUACCAGCAGCCUGCCUACGGAGGACAGCCAUUGCCAGGGGUUCCUCAAUCGCAAUAUGGAGCUUAUAAUGGUCCGAUGCCAGGAUAUCAACAGCCAGUCCCUCCACAAGGUUACUUUCCUUCCUUGGGGUUCCCUUCAAAGGGCUCUCCUGUAUCGCUCAACUCUGAUACUUCUUCUCUUGCACCUAAUUUCAUAGGUUCUUUAAGAGCCCCUCCAACAUCUGGAGCUCCACCUCCAGCCUCUGGAGCAUCUCUUCCUUCUGGCCACCUGGCAUACAGUCAGUUUGGACACGGAGAUGUGCAAAAUGGGAUUCCAGCGUCAGCAGCCCCGAUGCAGAGGCCACCUGCUUCUCAGCCGUUUCUGCCAGGCUCAGCACCCACGCCCGUCAGCCAGACAUCUACGUUCCAGCAAUAUGGUCCCCCCCCAGCCAGUGUACAGCACCUCAGCAAUCACAUGGCAGGGAUGACAAUUGGUAGUACUGCAGCCUCUGCUCCUCCCCCAGCUGGACUGGGCUAUGGUCCCUCAACAUCGGUUCCCCCAGUCUCAGGAAGCUUUAGUGCAACAGGAUCUGGUCUCUACACACCUUACACUGCGAGCCAAGGACCCUCUCCUACCAGUGUGUCUCAGGGCCUUCCUUUGGCACAGUCUCCGUUUUCUGGUCAACCAAUAUCAGCACAGCGCCUGCCUACUCAAGUCCCUGGUUUUGCCCCACCUCCCUCUUCUACAGGGAUUGGACCUUCCUCUUACCCUCCUACUACUGGUGCUCCAAGGCCACCUACCAUGCCAGGCCCACCACUGCCUGGGCAGACAGUUGCUGGACCACCAACGUCCCAGCCUAAUCAUGUGUCCUCACCACCACCCCCAUCAACUAUGUCGGGGCCGCACCCUGGGCCUCCCAUGAGUGGCCUCCAUGUACCACCUCCUCCCACUCAUCCUCCUCAACCAGGAUACCAAAUGCAGCAGAACGGUUCCUUUGGGCAGGUGAGGGGUCCCCAACCACACUAUGGAGGAGCCUAUCCAGGAACACCAAAUUAUGGAAGUCAACCUGGACCACCACCUCCACCAAAACGCUUGGAUCCAGACUCCAUUCCUAGCCCUAUUCAAGUGAUUGAAGAUGACAGAAGUAAUCGUGGGUCAGAACCAUUUGUCACUGGAGUGAGAGGGCAAGUCCCACCUCUUGUUACUACCAAUUUCUUGGUCAAGGAUCAAGGUAAUGCAAGUCCCCGCUACAUAAGAUGCACUUCUUACAAUAUUCCCUGCACCUCAGACAUGGCCAAACAGUCCCAAGUUCCCCUAGCUGCUGUCAUAAAACCGCUGGCUACUCUACCCCCAGAGGAGACUCUUCCUUAUUUGGUAGACCAUGGAGAAUCCGGUCCCGUCCGAUGUAAUAGGUGCAAGGCUUACAUGUGCCCCUUUAUGCAAUUCAUUGAGGGUGGAAGGAGGUUCCAGUGUUGUUUCUGCAGCUGUGUCACUGAGGUGCCACCUCAUUACUUCCAGCAUUUGGAUCACACUGGAAAGCGAGUAGACUUCUAUGACCGACCUGAGUUAUCACUGGGGUCUUACGAGUUUCUAGCAACAGUUGACUAUUGCAAGAAUAACAAGUUUCCCAGUCCACCGGCUUUCAUUUUCAUGAUUGAUGUGUCUUACAAUGCUGUGAAGAGUGGCUUAGUGAGGCUAAUAUGUGAGGAAUUAAAGUCACUCCUAGAUUACCUGCCCAGGGAAGGCAACAUGGAGGAAUCAGCCAUUCGAGUAGGCUUCGUCACCUACAACAAAGUGUUACACUUCUAUAACGUGAAGAGCUCACUGGCACAGCCACAAAUGAUGGUUGUCUCAGACGUGGCAGAUAUGUUUGUGCCACUCCUUGAUGGUUUCCUGGUGAAUGUGAAUGAGUCCAGGACAGUUAUUGCCAGUUUACUGGAGCAGAUUCCAGAAAUGUUUGCAGACACAAGAGAAACAGAAACUGUGUUUGCACCUGUGAUUCAAGCAGGACUGGAGGCACUGAAGGCAGCUGAGUGUGCUGGGAAGCUCUUUGUUUUCCACACCUCUCUGCCCAUCGCAGAGGCCCCAGGGAAGUUAAAGAACAGGGAUGAUAAGAAACUGAUUAACACAGACAAGGAGAAGACUUUGUUUCAACCACAGACAAGCUUUUACAACAACUUGGCCAAGGACUGUGUGGCCCAGGGCUGCUGUGUGGAUCUGUUCCUAUUUCCAAACCAGUAUUUGGAUGUGGCGACACUAGGUGUAGUAACUUACCAAACGGGAGGCUCCAUUUAUAAGUAUGCGUAUUUCCAGCUGGAGACAGACCAGGAUAGGUUCCUGAAUGACUUGAGAAGAGAUGUCCAGAAAGAAGUGGGAUUCGAUGCUGUAAUGAGAGUGCGCACAAGCACAGGUAUUCGAGCAACUGACUUUUUUGGAGCUUUCUAUAUGAGCAACACCACUGAUGUAGAGAUGGCAGGUUUGGACUGUGAUAAAACAAUCACAGUGGAAUUCAAGCAUGAUGACAAACUGAGUGAAGACAGCGGUGCACUCCUUCAGUGUGCUCUGUUAUAUACAAGUUGUGCAGGACAGCGACGACUCCGCAUUCACAACCUCUCCCUAAACUGUUGCACGCAGCUUGCUGACCUCUAUCGAAACUGUGAGACAGACACGCUCAUCAAUUACUUGGCUAAAUAUGCGUACCGUGGAGUUCUGAGUAGUCCAGUAAAGACUGUACGAGAUGCACUGAUCAACCAGUGUGCCCAAAUCCUAGCUUGCUAUCGAAAGAACUGUGCUAGUCCCUCUUCUGCUGGCCAGCUGAUCCUCCCUGAAUGCAUGAAGCUGCUUCCUGUGUACUUGAAUUGUGUGUUGAAGAGUGACGUUCUUCAGCCUGGUCCAGAGGUCACAACAGAUGACCGUGCCUACAUUCGUCAGUUAGUCACAUCCAUGGAUGUGGCAGAAACAAAUGUUUUCUUUUAUCCCAGGCUUUUGCCUCUGACCAAAGCAGAUGUCAACAGUGACUCCUUGCCAGCAGCAAUCCGGAACUCAGAGGAACGUCUCUCCAAGGGUGACAUAUACCUGCUGGAGAAUGGGCUGAACAUCUUUGUGUGGGUGGGAGUCAACGUGCAGCAAGGCCUGAUCCAGAACCUCUUUGGAGUGUCAUCCUUCAGUCAGAUUAGCAAUGCCUUGAGUGCCCUGCCUGUCUUGGAUAACCCCUUUUCAAAGAAAGUACGAUCUAUUGUUGACAUGCUUCAAGUGCAAAGGUCGCGCUACAUGAAGUUAAUAAUUGUGAAGCAAGAAGAUAAGCUGGAAAUGCUGUUCAAACACUUUCUAGUGGAGGACAAGAGCCUGAGUGGAGGGGCUUCAUAUGUGGACUUCCUGUGUCACAUGCACAAGGAGAUUCGGCAGCUACUGAGCUAGAGGAGGGAGUGGUGCUGGCGCUCAGCAGUGACAUUUCAGUCUCCGCUAAUGACCUGAUCAGAAGGCCCAGCGCCCUCAAAAAGGACAACGUAGAAAUCUGUACAAUUCCAUAAUUUUUAAUACACAUUGCAUAAGCAGAAAUCCUUUCAACCUUUCCCAGUCCCGUAUGAAAAAUUUUCCUGGUGAGGGCUAA